GGAGGCGGGCGGGGCCGGGCGGGGCCGGGCUGAGGGAGCGCAGCGCCGCGCCGCGUCGCGCCGGGCCGGUGAGCGCGCACGCCCCCGCCCCGCCCGUUUCCGUUCGCCGCUGCUCGAGCUCGGGCCUGUGGAGCAGGAAGCGGCGGGAGCGAUACCCAGCGCAGGCCGCAGUCAUCUGAGGUACCUGCACGUGUCAGGCACGGUGCUGGACUUGGUGGGUGUUUGAUCUGAACCAGUGCAAUCUCAACAGAUGUCUUGUGGUGGGAGAAGAGGAGGAACACAGGUCAUUUAGGAAUGUCGAGCUGUGCAGGUUCCACUGGUGAUCUUCUGUGAGAGCUGACCAUUUCUUUCUGUCUGGUUUCCUCUCUUUCGCCAGUUAUUUAUCCGUACACAGGGAACUUCCCUGAAAUCAGCUAUGGCAGCCAUUCGAAAAAAGCUGGUUAUAGUGGGUGAUGGUGCCUGUGGAAAGACCUGUCUGCUGAUUGUAUUUAGCAAAGACCAGUUCCCUGAAGUGUAUGUUCCCACCGUCUUUGAAAAUUAUGUAGCAGAUAUUGAAGUGGAUGGAAAGCAGGUUGAGUUGGCUUUGUGGGAUACAGCAGGACAAGAAGACUAUGAUCGACUUAGACCGCUUUCUUAUCCAGAUACUGAUGUUAUACUUAUGUGUUUUUCAAUUGAUAGUCCUGAUAGUUUAGAAAACAUCCCAGAGAAGUGGACCCCAGAGGUGAAGCAUUUCUGCCCCAACGUGCCUAUCAUCUUGGUAGGAAACAAGAAGGACCUGAGGAAUGACGAGCACACAAGACGAGAGCUGGCCAAAAUGAAGCAGGAGCCUGUCAAACCCGAAGAAGGAAGAGAUAUGGCAAACCGCAUUGGUGCAUUUGGGUACAUGGAGUGUUCGGCAAAGACCAAAGACGGUGUGAGGGAGGUUUUUGAAAUGGCCACUAGAGCUGCUUUGCAAGCCCGGCGUGGCAAGAAAAAGUCCGGGUGCCUUCUCUUAUAAAGCGUGGCCAGAGGAAGAUGGCCAAAGCAGCACCCUGCACUUGAGUAAUUUUGAAGUGCUGUUUAUUAAUCUUAGUGUAUGAUUACUGGCCUUUUUCAUUAUCUAUAAUUUACUUAAGAGAUUUAAAAAUCGAGUCAUCUUGCUACCAGUAUUUAGAAGCCAACCAUGAUUUUUAUAACAAUCUGCAUCAAAUUCAUCUGUGCACCCAAGGUUAACCUCAACAUUCCUCUAACAAACCUUUUCUGCACUCACAGGAUAUGCCAGGCGCUAAUUGAAGACAAUUCUCUCUUCUUUCUUCUCUCUAGAAAGAGAAAAAGCUGUCAACACAGAGGAUUGGUCUGUAACUACUUUAUAACUAACGUCCUAUUCUAAUUGAGUACAACAGUUACAUGGCUGUAUGUGGAAUCAAGUGUAGCUUCAGUGCUAUCACAUUUAGGAAGAUCUGAUUUUCAUGGCUCAGUGGUGUAAAACAUUAGUUUGAAAAUGUGAUCACUCUGAAAUGACCAAGUCCCAUUCAGCUAAGGAAAAGUGAGAGUUCUGUGGUUUCAUGUUAGUUACCUUUUAGUUACUGUGUAAUUAGUGCCAGUUUAAAUGUAUGUUACCAAAAAUAAAUCUAUUUACCCCAGCUUAGAUGUAGUAUUUUUUGUAUAAUUGGAUUUCCUAAUACUGUUACUUGUAACCUCUGCGUUAAGGUGUUCUGGGUUUUUUAAGAAACUGUAUUUGAAAAUAAAGUCCGAUGGAAAGCAGCUGAUCCUCUUCCCCUGUUCAUUUGUAAGAGUCUGACCCAUUUGAAUGAUUUGAGCGGUCUGCACACCCAGGAGGAGUUUUUUCCAUGACGUGCCGUAGGGAUGAGAAAAGACAGCCUGCUCACACUCAAAGCUUCUGAACUGUUCAGUUGCCUUAAGUUCACUGCUGGACCCAGUUUCAAAACUUAAAUGGAAAAAAAAAGAGAAACUUUUUGUGUAAGUUUGGUUACCGUGUAGUGAUCAGACUCCUAACCUGUGAACUUCUUGCUGUUCUGCAGCCAACUAAACUCUUUCUGUAUUUUCAUUUUUCCAACAACUAAUAGAAUAAAGGCAGUUUUCUAAGCUCCCUGUA